AUGGCUGUAAGAGCAUCUACUAGGGCUAACAAGGGCCUUAAUAAGCAUUUGGAGAAACUACUUCAGGAAGAAGAAGAAGAAAAUGCACUGUCACAAUCUACUGAUUCCGCUACUGCAAGGAAGCGAUCCAAAAGACAAACAUUCCCCAAGGUGUUGAAGGAAAAAAUCGUAGAGAUUGUGAAAUGUUUACCUUGUGGAGCUGAUGACUCGAAUUAUAAUGAGGAGACGGAUAAGUUGGGUGAAAUGAUACAAUGUGAUAAAUGUGAUACAUGGCAACAUAUUGGAUGUAUGACUGGUGGUGGGAAAGACGAGACUCUUGUCGAUAUACAUCCAUUUUUAACCAAUGACAAGAAAUAUUAUUGCAAUCGUUGUAAACCUAAUUUGUAUCCACUUCUAUUGAAUUCGUCUUCUGGGAAUAAUAAUGAUACGAAAGUAGAAGAAGUAGAAGAGGAAGUAGAAGAGGAAGAAUUGCCUAGUGCGGACGACGAUAGUGAUGUAUAUGUAGAAGAAGAGCCUGUACCAGGGCCUCCUAAAAAUAACGAUGAUGAUGAUGAAUUUGUUGAGAUGGAAGACUUUGAAAAAGAUGAACCUAUUAAUAGCUCUUCUAUAAAGAAAAAAUCAAAAAAACGUUCGAUAUCAACUUCAACAAAGAUACCUACAAAUAAAAAGCAAAAUAAAUCUGAACCCACCUCUACAACUACAACUCGUAAUGUAUCAAUGACCUCUGAAGAACAAAGAUCGAUAAAGAUAAGACAAAACGCUAAAAAGAUGUUUAUUGAUCUGUUCACUAGAUAUAUCAUACCAGAUACUACGGAAGUACAAACGUAUACUUUACCACCAAAUUCAACCGUGGAAGAAAUUGCUACACAAAUGGGUGAAUCGCUAGAAAAAGCAUUAUUUGAAAGUUGUUUAGAUAAAACAACAAAACAAUUGAGUAAAAAUUACCCAGAGAAAGUUAGAAGUUUGUUUUCAAAUUUAAAAGAUAAAAAAAAUUUGGAUUUAAAAUCUCAUGUAAUUAAUUAUUCAUUACCAAUGGAUAGACUGGUUAGAAUGAAUGUUAAUGAAUUGGCCAAUCCAGAUUUACAACAAUACAAGAAAAGAAGAGAUACGAAAUCUUUGAAUAGAUUCACUAUAGAGACAGAUGAAAGUGCGAAUUCUGCAAUUAUUAAAAAUCCUGACGAUUUUAAUGAAGAACCUGAUGAAAUUUAUUCAAAGGAUAAUAUAAGGAGAAGAAGUAUAUCUGAUGAUGAUUUAGAAAAAGAAAACCAAAACAAAUCAGAGACUGUAAACGAUACGAAUAAUGAUGAGGACAAAAACAGAAACAAUAAUUAUAUUCAAAUAAUUAAGACAAAAGAAACAAAUACUGAAAACGAAAAUCACAAUUACUCCAUACCUUUGAAAAAAGUAGAAAUUACAGACCCAGAAGUAUUUUGGACAACAAGUGGAUAUUUGAAAUUCAUUGGAGAUACCACGGAAUUAAAGAGAUCCGUGUAUAAUCGUGUCAUUUCGGAUGGCAAUCUCUUGAUUGAGGGUCGUCUAUCUAGUGAAAAAGGGUUUGCAUACUUAAAUGAGGUGAAAAAUCUAAGAAAUAUUGUUACAUAUCAACUAGUAAAUCCACCAGAUUCUGAUGCCAUUGCAAAUAUUAAUGCAAUGUCAGAUUCUCUCUUGAUUAGUAAUAAAAUCCUUGGUAUAACACCUAAAAUGACAUAUGAAAAGAUAAUUUAUGUUAUCCCAGCAACAGGAAAUAUCAUACCAGAAAUAUUUCAUAGUAUAUAUGGUGAUAAUACAGGGUUUACAUCGAAUAUUGAAACAUUUGAUAAGGCUUUAUUUGUUGUAUUUGUCAUCAAACCAGAACUUAUCAACUAA